AGUGAGCUGCAGACCGCUCCGUGCUCCCUUCUGCCUGCUCCGUGGGUACCGCAAGCUCUGGGGCGUCCUCUGCAGGCCCUUGCGUGGCCGGAGGGACAGGACCCGCCGAAGAUGACGUGGAUCUGUCUGUCCUGCAUGCUCUGGCCGGAGGACCUGGAGGCCCCCAAGACCCACCACUUCAAAGUGAAGACCUUCAAGAAGGUGAAGCCCUGUGGCAUCUGCCGCCAGGCCAUCACCCGGGAGGGCUGCACCUGCAAAGCUUGCAGCUUCUCCUGUCAUCGGAAAUGCCAGGCCAAGGUGGCUGCCCCCUGCGUUCCUCCUUCCAGCCAUGAACUGGUGCCCAUCACCGCUGAGAAUGCGCCGAGGAAUGUAGUGGACGCGGGAGAAGGAACCUCCCGGGGUGGAAACUCAAGGAAAAGCCUGGAGGAGGACGGAGCAACCAGAGUCCCAUCAAGUGUCCAGCCACUUGCACCGCCCACCAGAAACAUGAGUGUGAGCCGUAGCACGGAGGACAGCUGUGAGCUGGACCUGGUGUAUGUCACAGAGAGGAUCAUCGCCGUGUCCUUCCCCAGCACAGCCAAGGAGGAGAACUUCAAGAACAAUCUCCGUGAGGUGGCCCAGAUGCUCAAGUCCAAACAUGGAGGCAACUACCUGCUGUUCAACCUCUCUGAGCGGAGACCUGACAUCACGAAGCUCCACGCCAAGGUACUGGAGUUUGGCUGGCCCGACCUGCAUACUCCAGCCCUGGAGAAGAUCUGCAGCGUCUGCAAGGCCGUGGACACUUGGCUCAAUGCAGACCCACACAAUGUUGUCGUCCUGCACAACAAGGGAAACCGAGGCAGGAUAGGAGUUGUGAUCGCGGCUUAUAUGCACUACAGCAACAUUUCUGCCAGUGCGGACCAGGCUCUGGACCGGUUUGCAAUGAAGAGAUUCUAUGAGGAUAAGAUUGUGCCCAUCGGCCAGCCAUCCCAGAGAAGGUACGUGCAUUACUUCAGCGGCCUGCUCUCCGGCUCCAUCAAAAUGAACAACAAGCCCUUGUUUCUGCACCAUGUGAUCAUGCACGGCAUCCCCAACUUUGAGUCUAAAGGAGGGUGUCGGCCUUUUCUCCGCAUCUACCAGGCCAUGCAACCUGUUUACACGUCGGGCAUCUACAACAUUCCGGGAGACAGCCAGACCAGCAUCUGCAUCACCAUCGAGCCGGGACUGCUCUUGAAGGGGGACAUCUUGCUCAAGUGCUACCAUAAGAAGUUCCGGAGCCCCUCCCGAGAUGUCAUCUUCCGUGUGCAGUUCCACACCUGUGCCAUCCAUGACCUGGGAGUUGUUUUCGGGAAGGAGGAUCUUGAUGAGGCCUUCAAAGAUGAUCGAUUUCCAGAAUAUGGCAAAGUGGAGUUUGUAUUUUCUUAUGGUCCAGAGAAAAUUCAAGGCAUGGAGCACCUGGAGAACGGGCCCAGCGUGUCUGUGGACUACAACACCUCCGACCCCCUCAUCCGCUGGGAUUCCUACGACAACUUCAAUGGGCAUCGUGAGGACGCCAUGGAGGAGGUAGUGGGACACACCCAGGGGCCACUGGAUGGGAGCCUGUAUGCCAAGGUGAAGAAGAAGGACUCCCUGAACGGCAGCACUGGGGCCAUCAAUGCGGCACGUCCCGCCCUAUCAGCCACUCCCAAUCACGUGGAGCACACACUCUCCGUGAGCAGUGACUCAGGCAACUCCACAGCCUCCACCAAGACUGACAAGACAGAUGAGACUGCGCCUGGGGCCUCUGGUGCCCCUGCUUCCUUGAGCCCUGAGGAGAAGCGGGAGCUGGAUCGCCUGCUCAGUGGCUUUGGUUUAGAGCGAGAGAAACAAGGUGCCAUGUACCACGCCCAGCACCUCAGGCCCCGCCCGGCAGGAGGUCCAGCCAUGUCGUCCUCUGGCCGCCACGUUGUCCCAGCCCAGGUUCACAUCAAUGGCAGGGCCUUGGCAUCUGAGCGGGAGACAGACAUCCUGGAUGAUGAGCUGCCCAACCAAGAUGGGCACAGCGUGGGCAGCAUGGGCACCUUGUCCUCCCUGGAUGGGGUCACCAACACCAGUGAGGGGAACUACCCAGAGGCUCUGCCCCCACUGACCAAUGGCCUGGACAAAUCCUACCCAGUGGAGCCACUGGUCAAUGGUGGAGGCUACCCUUAUGAGUCUGCCAGCAGGGCAGGGCCUGCCCAGGCCAGCCAUGUGGUCCCUUUGCGGCCCUCCUACUCUGCGCAGGAAGGUUUAGCCGGCUACCAGCGUGGGGGGCCCCUCCCAGCCUGGUUGCAGCCAGCGACCACCUCCCACUAUAGCCAUGACCCCAGUGGCCUCUUCCGCUCUCAGUCCUUUCCAGAUGCCGAGCCCCAGCUGCCCCUGGCUCCAGCCCGUGGUGGCAGCAGUCGGGAGGCCGUACAGAGGGGGCUGAAUUCAUGGCAGCAGCAACAGCCUCGCCCCCCUCCGCGGCAGCAGGAAAGAGCCCAAGUGGAGAGUCUGGCGAGCAGCAGGCCCAGCCCCCAGCCUUUGGCAGAGCCCCCCAUGCCUGCUCUCCCAGAGUUCCCAAGAGCAGCCUCCCAGCAGGAGAUUGAGCAGUCCAUUGAAGCCCUCAACAUGCUCAUGCUGGACCUGGAGCCAACCUCGGCUGGCACCCCGCUGCACAAGUCCCAAAGUGUCCCGGGGGCCUGGCCAGGGGCUUCUCCACUCUCCUCUCAGCCCCCUGCAGGCUCUUCCCACCAGUCCCACCCACUGACCCAGUCCAGGUCUGGCUACAUCCCCAGUGGGCAUUCCUUAGGAACCCCUGAGCCGGUCCCCACUGGCAGGUCCUACUCACCUUAUGAUUAUCAGCCAUGUCCGGCUGGGCCCAACCAGGAUUUCCGUCCCAAGAGCCCAGCUUCCACCUCCUCAACUGCCUUCCUCCCAAAUGCUCAUGCCCCUCCAGGGCCUCAGCAGCCCCCAGCCUCUCUCCCUGGCCUCACCACUCAGCCUCAGCUCCCACCAAAGGAAGCGACUUCAGAGCCUUCCCGAACUCCAGAAGAGGAACCAUUGAACCUGGAAGGGCUGGUAGCCCACCGGGUGGCAGCGUACAACGCCAGACUGCAGGGCCAAGGGCUGAGUGGCAGCUUCCGGGCCCCUCCUCUCCACCGGCUCCGCUCUGCCUCCCUCUCCGGGGUGCAGGCUCGGGAGAGGCAGCCUGCCGAGCCCCCAGCCCCGCUCCGGAGGAGAGCAGCCAGCGACGGACACUAUGAGAACCAGUCUCCCGAAGCCACAUCCCCCCGUAGCCCCGGGGUUCGCUCCCCCGUCCAGAGUGUCUCCCCAGAGCUGGCUCUUACCAUCGCCCUCAAUCCUGGAGGGCGGCCCAAAGAGCCCCACCUGCACAGCUACAAGGAGGCCUUUGAGGAGAUGGAGGGAAGCUCCCCAACCAGCCCACCACCCACUGGGGUGCGCUCCCCUCCGGGGCUGGCCAAGACACCUCUGUCUGCUCUGGGCCUGAAACCACACAACCCAGCGGACAUCCUGCUGCACCCCACAGGUGCCCGAAGACUGAUCCAGCCAGAGGAAGAUGAGGGGAAAGAGGCGACCGCGGCUCCCGCCGAGCCCCGGAGUUAUGUAGAGUCAGUGGCGCGGACUGCAGUGGCCGGGCCCCAAGCUCAGGAUGCUGAACCCAAGAGCUUCGCUGCCCCAGCUGCCCAGGCCCAUGGCCAGGAGACCCUGCUGAGGAACGGCACCCGGGGCAGCUCCUUUGUCUCUCCCAGCCCCCUCUCCACCAGCAGCCCCAUCCUCAGCGCCGACAGCACUUCAGUGGGAAGUUUCCCAUCAGGGGAGAGCAGCGAUCAGGGCCCCCGGACACCCACCCAGCCCCUGUUGGAUUCCAGUUUCCGCUCCGGCAGCCUGGGCCAGCCCAGCCCUGUGGCCCAGAGAAGUUACCAGAGCCCUUCUCCUCUCCCCACCGUGGGUAGCAGCUACAGCAGCCCUGACUACUCUCUUCAGCAAUUCAACUCCUCUCCGGAGAGCCAGGCCCGGCCUCAGCACAGCGUGGCCAGCGUCCACAUGGUGCCAGGGAGCCCCCAGGCCCGCCACAGGACAGUGGGCACCAACACUCCCCCUAGUCCUGGUUUUGGCCGGCGAGCCAUCAACCCUGGCAUGACUGCCCCUGGCAGUCCUGGUUUGAGCCACCGCCAAGUGAUGGGUCCAUCAGGCCCUGGUUUCCAUGGCAAUGCAGUUUCCAGCCACCCGAGCAGUGCAGCAUCGACACCAGGGAGCCCCAGCCUGGGCCGGCAUCUCGGAGCCCACCAAGGCAGCCUGGCCCCCAGUGUCCAUGGCAAUGCAGUAGCCAGCCCUGGAAGCCCCAGCCUGGGCCGUCACCUGGGAGGGUCCGGAUCUGUGGUUCCUGGCAGCCCCAGCUUGGACCGGCAUGUGGCCUAUGGUGGCUACUCUACUCCUGAGGACCGGAGACCCACACUCUCCCGGCAGAGCAGUGCCUCUGGCUACCAGGCUCCUUCCACACCUUCCUUCCCCGUCUCUCCUGCCUACUACCCUGGCCUGAGUAGCCCUGGCACCUCACCUUCACCAGAUCCUGCAGCCUUCCGCCAAGGGAGCCCAACCCCAGCCCUACCAGAGAAGCGGAGGAUGUCAGUGGGAGACCGGGCUGGCAGCCUCCCCAACUACGCCACCGUCAAUGGGAAGGUGUCCUCCUCGCCCGUCGCCAGUGGCAUGUCCAGUCCCAGUGGGGGCAGCACGGUCUCCUUCUCCCACACUCUGCCCGACUUCUCCAAGUACUCCAUGCCAGAUAACAGCCCGGAGACACGGGCUAAAGUGAAAUUUGUCCAGGACACUUCCAAGUAUUGGUAUAAGCCUGAGAUCUCCAGAGAGCAGGCCAUCGCGCUCCUCAAGGAUCAGGAGCCAGGGGCCUUCAUCAUCCGUGACAGUCACUCCUUCCGAGGGGCCUAUGGGCUGGCCAUGAAGGUGUCUUCACCGCCUCCAACCAUCAUGCAGCAGAAUAAAAAAGGAGACAUGACCCACGAGCUGGUGCGGCACUUCCUAAUAGAGACUGGCCCCAGGGGCGUCAAGCUCAAGGGCUGCCCCAACGAACCAAACUUCGGCUCCCUGUCUGCCCUGGUCUACCAGCACUCCAUCAUCCCGCUGGCUCUGCCCUGCAAGCUGGUCAUCCCAAACAGAGACCCUACAGAUGAAUCAAAAGAUAGCUCGGGCUCUGCCAACUCAACCGCUGACCUGCUGAAGCAAGGAGCCGCCUGUAAUGUGCUCUUCGUCAACUCUGUGGAUAUGGAGUCACUCACCGGGCCGCAGGCCAUCUCGAAAGCCAUAUCGGAGACGUUGGCUGCUGACCCCACGCCAGCUGCCACCAUUGUUCAUUUCAAAGUCUCUGCCCAGGGAAUCACACUGACUGACAACCAGAGAAAGCUCUUCUUCAGGCGACACUACCCGCUCAACACUGUCACCUUCUGUGACCUGGACCCACAGGAAAGAAAGUGGAUGAAGACAGAGGGAGGUGCCCCUGCCAAGCUCUUUGGCUUCGUUGCCCGGAAGCAGGGUAGCACCACGGACAACGCCUGCCACCUCUUUGCUGAGCUUGACCCCAACCAGCCUGCCUCUGCCAUCGUCAACUUUGUCUCCAAGGUCAUGCUGAGUGCUGGCCAGAAGAGAUGAAUGCCCAGACCCCUUGCCCAGGCCAGGGCAGUUGGGAGGGGACCCGUGAAUCCUGACCACCUUGAACCCAGAAGGAGGACUUUGGACCAAUUUUUGAGGAGAGAAGAAAGUGCAUCAUGGGGAGAGGGAAGUGAAUUGUGGAGGGGAGGGGGAGAAAGAGAAAGAAAGAAAAGAUGGAGGAGAAGAACUCAGAUUCCCCUGGGUAGAUGGAAACUGCAAAAUCCAAAGCCUCCCAAACUAGCCAGGUCCCCUUGCUCUCCCUGCCCCUCUGAGAGAAAGGAUUUCUCAGAGUGCACCAACAGGCCUCCUUGGGAUCCAUAUUUUGGGGCAGAGGGAUAGAAGAUCUGUGUCCCUGACCACCCUGCUUUGUGAGGAGAAAUCGAGCUAAGAGAAAUCCUAAGAGAAGCAGGUAGCUUCCUAAGCCAAACGGCCAGCGGCAGAUGGGAAGUGGUGGAACUUUGCUUUCUGCAAGUAUCUCAGACCAGACACCUCCGUUCUGAGCCAGGCCUCUGCUGUAUGAUUUUGUGGGUGCAUAGACAUCCCCACCCACAUCCUCACACACUGAUUUCUAUCUGCUCCUGUCCGCUAGAAUCACAAACAGCUCUACUGCUGUGUGUCACUUGGGUCCGUGGCACAUGUGCAUAAGACCCAAAGGUUAGGCUGGGGGUAACAGACGUCAAGGAGGUGACAGCAGCCCUGUCUUGCAGGAGCACCCAGGAUGAUGAGUCCUAGUCCCCACACCUGCCCUCUAGAGGCCUUGAGUGCCACCAGCCCGUUCUUUUAUGCAGAGACCCUGUAGAAGGGGCUGACCUGCUGUACAGCAUUGCCCACCCCAUUCUGUCUCAAUGGGGAGCAUUGGUUUGAGGCAGAGGAGACCCAGGUGUCUGUAGUCUUGGGAAGAGACCCAUCAGGAAGGGUGACCACUGAGCUCUGGCAUCUUUCCCCGCAGUGUGUGAGCUGGAUGAGCUGUCCAGCCAGGGCCUGGGACCUGCCUUACUCCCAGCUGUCUGCCGUUCCUGGGCUUGGAGCCCUAGCACCAGCCUUAUCUCAGAUUUACUCACCUGCAUGAUUUUUUUUUGUGGGGGGGCUAGUGAUGCAGCCUUCCGGAUCUUCCCUGCUCUGCUCUGUCCUGCAGGGUCCUCACUUUGGGGCCCACCUUGGGAAGCCUGCUUCCUAAAGCCCUGCUCACCAAGGGAGAAGCCUGUCACCCGUGCCUCCACUCUGUAAAUAUUUUGGGGUUUGACCAUUGCAGGCACCCUUUUGGCUGGGCUAUCGAAGCCAACACCAGAGAGCUCCCAAGACUGCUAGCAGAGCCCCACAUAGCCUACCCACAAUGCCAAAGCCUUGCUGUUUCCCCUUCUGCCUUGGGUUCCCCCACGGAGCCAUGGUGUCCCAACAACAGAGGGCAGUGUGUACAUUUAGCCCAAAGGGCCUAGGGUCCAUUUGGACAGUUGGGAACCCCCCUAGCCACCUCCCAAGCCCUCUAAACCAGAAGGAAAAUUGAUCAGGACUUCAUUCUUAAGCCUACAGGGGUCCCCUAGGAACAGGCAUUGUACUGAUAUAUAAAUAUAUAUAAUAUAUACAUGAGACAUACUGACAGAAUCUGUAAGCUAAUAAAAUAUAACAAAAGGUUAAAAAAAAGAAUAGGUAAAUUGACAGGAAGUAUUUAUUGUGUUCCCAUAUUGCUUUAUGGCCUCCCUGGGCAUAAACCAGUUCCUGUCCCUUUUUUAUGUGUAAGUAGAGCCUGGAAUACAGGGCCCUUUAUCCUUGGAGGAGCCAGUGGUUUCCUUGCCAGGGCCUUGGCCUUCCUUAGGCUACAUCUGGGGCUCAGUGGCAUGGGGUGCACAUGCUCCACCCCCAUGUGCCCUUGUUUUCUGGCAAGCCAGGGGCCAGUGGGCAGCUCCCUGGGUGUCUGGGGAGCCCCCCUUCGCCAGGGGCCUAGCAAGUGUGUGAGUCUGUUUGGACACGGGAGUGUGUGGCCACUGGUGUGCGCUUCUCUUGUGCUGUUUCCUCCUCUAGGGAACUAUGUCCAUGUGGAUCUUAUGUUUCAGGGAGCUGGAAAGGAGAGUGUCUGCUUGGUAGGGAGCGGGGUCAGAGGCCCCACUGGCCCUCACUUCCCAAAGGGUGAAACCUUGGGCUUAGUGAUCGAGGUCCUUCCAAAGUGCCCUUCCUUCUGAGAUUUUCAAGCCAGAUGCCUGGAUUAGCCCCUCUCCUUCUUCCCUAGUAAGGAGUAAACCCCAGUCCUGUUCCAAGGUAGAAGGAGACACUCCUUGUCCUCUUUCUUUGUAAAUACCCUGUCUCCCUGUACAUCCUGUGGGGCUCCUCUGGGUUGGGGCGUCCUCUCCACACUCAAGGCCGGGCUGAGCAUCAGGCUUACUAGCAGUCUGACCCGAGCCCAGGACUGAGUCAGCCUGCACCCUUACUUUCCCACCUGCCACCCACCUCUGAGUGUGCAGCCCAUGCACUCCAGCUGGAGCCCUGGAGCUGUGGGUGAGCCGCGGGAAGGACCAGGUCUGCACUGGCCAACUGAUCACUCGCUCCCAGCAGACCUCUGGAUGGCCUUUCCAAAAGGAGAUGGGAAGGGACCCAAGUCUCCACAGUGGCCCCACUUGGUGGGGAGCAUACUAGCCUGCUUCCCUUCCCUGUCCUGUGUUUCACAAGUAGGCCUGUGCACACACACGCACACCACUCUGCAUUGCAGUCUAUUCUUGCCAAAGAUUUCCUUUUUAAACAAAGCACUUUUACUCGUUAUUUUGUAAAUGUUUGCCCUCCCCUCUCUUGACCUCUUUUGCUGUUGUUUAUUGUUGAGUCUGUUUGUCAGCAAGGAGAGUGCUGUCUGGUCUUGAACACGAGCUGGGAUGGGAGAAGGUCUGGAGAAUGAACAGAAGGAGUAGCGGACACGUGGCCUGCCCAUGGUGCUGCGACCAGACCACAGGUCCCUGGGGCAGCCUAGGGCCUUGUCAUCGCCGGUCUGUUCAGCUUUGGGAGGCAAGGGAAGGGACAUCUGUAGUUCGGCUGGGCAAGGAGUGGGCCUGGGAAGGACCCUGUGGCUCUUCCCUCAGCAGGAUGGGCUUGACCUGAGAACAAAGGAGCUGUGACCCUAGAGGGAGACAAGGAGAAAAAGGAGCUGUGUGCUCAGCUUCAAGGGUGACAGAGUGCCCCUCCUGCUGCCAUGGAGUCCUGGUUCCCUCAUCUGAGGGACAGAUGUCGUGUUCUAGGAUUGGAGAGGCUUUUUGACCCCUCACGGGUGACCGUGAAGGCCGUGGACAGUGACUGCAGGAUUCCUUCUCUCCUGGCUUUUUGAGGAUUCCUGGGGGGUGUUCAGGAGUAGCCAGGAUAGUGGGACACUGUGGCUGUGUGUGGUCCCUCUCUAGCAGGGCUCCCGCAAGGGAGCAGGGAUCCUUGUGCCGCACUCCGCUGGGUCUGGGCGGAGGUGAGGCAGACUCCUGCUAUCCAGGGCAGGGAGAGGGGCCGGUGACUGUGACCGGAGUCCAUCCUGCCCUGGGUUUUGUGCAUCUUGCCUCACGGGCUUAUCCUCCUCAUCUGGUGUUUCCCAGCCUCAGGGCUUGAGGAGCUCUAGUAGGUAGCGUCCCACCGCUACCCCUCCCUUGGGGUCCUGCAGAGCUUGGGGGCAGAGUCUCAGUGCCACCUUCCUGCCCACGCCCAGGCCCUGGGACCCUGAGACUCACGUGUCCUUGUGCAGGGGUAACAGGAUGUGUGUGUGUGCGCGCGUGCAAGUGUGGAUGUGUGUGUGCAGAUGUUUUGCUCAUCUCUUUAGGAACUUAGGGGUUGGGGCAUCAAGCUCAAUACGACCCAGCCAGGAGAGAAGUCAGGAGGCAAGGCCUGUAGGGCCGCGGAUCAGUGGGGUCUCCGUAUUGAAGAAAGGAUCAGCCAUGCAGGGUGGGCUCAGGCAAGCUGUUCUUUCUUGUCCCCUCUCUCUUAAAAUAUCUGCAAGGCCGGAGGACCUGGCUCUGUUUGCCACACCCAGGCUCCUCCUAGCAGUGAGGGUCUUGUGCAGUGACAUCCCAGUGUGUCCCCUUGUCAGUGUUAAACAGUGCGACACUCUCCAUGUUUGUGGUCCAAGUGUGAUAGCACAUCUGGUGUGCAUGCUGCCUUUCCACCUUUCCUCUUCUCCCUGACUUAUCAUCAAAACAAACGUAAGAGACUCCUUACACCACCGCCACUGCCCCGCCCCACCUCCCAGGCCCUUUUCGGGAGAAGCAGAACACCCCAGCAUCCUCCCCUCCCUGGCUGUGUAUUUAUAUAGAUGGAAAUAUACUUUAUAUUUUGUAUCAUUGUGCCUAUAACCUCCACCACCGUGUACAAACCCUGCCCUCUGCCUCUUGUCCUGGAUAUGAAUGUACGCAGAUGCCACCCACUCCUGUACAGCUGCUUGGUUUCUUUGCGAUCCAUUGUAUGGCUUUAUAAAUGAUAAAGUUAAAGGAAAUCCA